CGAGCGAGAUGGCGAUGAGAAAUGGUUACGGUCGUGGUGGAAGAGGCGGUGGUCCUCGGACAAGAUCUGGGGGUGUCCCGACCAAAGUGUUUGUUGGUCAGCUACCAGAAACAAUGAGGAAAUCUGAUAUGGAAGACCUAUUCAGGAAGUUUGGAGAAGUCGUUGAAUGUGACGUUGUCAAAGACUUCGGUUUCGUCCACUAUGAACAGGAAUGCGAUGCUAAAACUGCUGUUGCCGCGCUCAACGACACAGACUUCCAAGGCUCCAUGCUGAAAGUGGAGAUAUCAACAAGCAAAGUCAGACAGCGACCAGGAAUGGGUGGUUCAGCUGUUUGUUACAGAUGUUCAAAACCUGGCCACUGGUCGAAAAAUUGCCCGCAGGGACCAAGUCGAGGCCGUGAUGAUGACAGGCGAGGUGGCAGGAUGGGUGGUGCUAGGGGUCGGUAUGAUCCAUACCCUCCACCAAGCGGGGAAUGGCUGGAUUAUUAUAGGGAACAUUACCCGCCACCCCCACCAUAUGACAGGCCUGGACGACACGAUCCCUAUGAACGAUAUCGCCGGUUCCCAAUGCCCCCAAGCCCUGCAGACUACUUCAGGGACCGAGACCCAUAUCCAAGGCCACCAUCAUCAUACUUUGACAGAAGAUCACCACCAUCUAGAGACCCCUAUGAGAUGUAUAUGGCAGCUUAUGAGAGACGGUAUAUGGAGUAUUAUACUGCUCAGGCUAAUGCCGCUAACUAUCAGGCGCCGGUACCGCCUCCCCCGCCUGCAAACCCUUCUGGGUUUGACUUUAAUGCUAUUGGCUACGGAGCGCCGCCACCGCCACCUGCUGGACGACCACCGUCACCUCGCGGUUCUGGCCCAUACUAAAGAAGCACACGCGAUAGUCGAGAGAGGAGAACAGGCGCGAAAACGCGGCGGGUCAAAGCAUGACAUGCGAGUCACUUACGGCUUUAUUCGUGAACUGUGUAGAGAAAUAUAACCGGACUAAACUUAGUGGAAAUAACAGCAGAACUAAGCAUUUCUUUUCUUGACUGUUGAAAAACUAUGUGAAAUGGGAAUUAUUGGCAAAUCUUUAAAAGAUCUAUGUGAUGAGAAUUAUGGUGUCCUGAAUAUGUGUCGUAAUAGUUACAACCUUAACUUUAUUGAACAUCUUGGACAGAUUUAUACUCACAGUAGACAAUCUGCAAACAGUUGAGGUCUUGAGUUAUUUGUUGAAGGGUUUAAAGCGAUAUGUUGUUUGAUGAAGCCACUUUGAUUUUGAUUUUACGUUACUAAAUGUUCUGUUCUUUGUUCAUGGAGUAAUUUCAUUAAGACAUUUUAAAGUCAUUCAUCGUGUUGUUCCUGUGAAAUAAAAGUGGUAACAUUAGUGAAUAUUUACAAAAGCUUUCUGUUUCAAUGAUAAUCAAUUAUGCUGGACCUGGGGAUACACAGUAAAUAAAAUGAUUCGAGUCCUUGAAGCCAAAAUGGCCUCAACCAAUUCUCAUAGUUUGAAUCUGUCUCUCACGACAGCAAAAAGAAUCGAUUUUGCUUGAGAACACUCGCGGAUGCAGCGCACCUGGAAGCCAGUAAGUCUCGAGACUCAUCCUUGGUUAUUAACGGGAGAAUAUUCGCUGUUAUGGUCAGUACAUGACUGCGGUAAGGAUCACGUAAGUUCUGCACCCGUGUCGGUUGAGAAAAGGCUUCGGUUAGUAUCGCUUGUGCUAUUAAACGUAAGUUUGUCGCAGUAUCUUCACUUUCUCUCGCCCUGGGAUAUGCGUGUGCUAGCUUCUCUUGACCUUUGAACAAGAUUUUCCUACUCCAUAAUCGCUGUUUUUGAAAAAGUGAGCAAGGGCCCAAAAGUUGUAACGCGAGCAUUUUGACAUGCUUUUAGAUCUUCAGCCAAUGCUUUGGUUUCGUGUUACUUAAUGAAUUUGAACAAAAACAGAAGUCGACAAGUCCGAUGAAAUGUACGAGUAAUUUUUCAGCUUUAUAAGGUUGAAAUGAAUCGUGGUUUAGUCACAUCGUGAUGACAAGUAUAUCAAUGGCCAGAUUCGUGAACAAAACGCGUUCCACAAACGAGUAUGCAAAUGUCUUCUAUGAAUACGCAAUUUGUUGAUUCAAAGAUGUUUUGCACUUUUUUCAUUGUGCUCAUCUCACUCUUUAUAGGCAUGUUGUAGCAUUUGUUUUGACUGAACCUGUGUUGUAGCAUUUGUUAUGACAGAGUGAGCAUUAUGUUCUCUGUGUAUGGUUUAUUCCUAUUCCUAUAUCCACAGCUUUGGCCUCUUUGAAAAGAAAUGUGAUGGCAAUUUAUUGCCUUGAAAAACAAUGGUCACAAAGAUUUGCCUGAUAACGCUGCCUCAAUUCUAUGUCAGCACAGCAGUUUCAGCCAAAGAACCACGAUAUGACUUACCUUUUGUCAUUCUAUGCAAUUUUUGAUUUCAACCGUUUCUUUUCAGAUCCUGUCAAACUGAUGACUUCACAAAAGAUUGAUGGAAUAUCAACAAAUUCAAUAGACAACUACCGUCCCGAGUGGUAUGCCCUUUCGCUGGGUUUGUAGUCUGACCAGAAGGUUGUGAUCUGAAAGAGACAACAUUUCAAUGGACCAAGAACAUCAGCUGAAACCCAAGCAGUGCCAGAUGUAUAAAAAGAUGAACGUGCAUUGGUUGAAAUAUGCCCUUUAUUGACAACUUGACAUGCCAUCUAUUUUUGUUGUCUGAUAUGUUAGAUGCGGGUCGUGGGAAUGCUGAUUAGCCACAGUGACACUAGGUGCUUGCAGAGCGUUUGUAGUCCAGGGAUUUCCACCCUGACUGCUGUGAAGGGAGGAGAAUGGUGAAAGGGUCUAGAGUGUUGUGGCAAGUUAAUGACAGUCUCUGUUGCAGAAAUAGGAAUCGGCAAUCAAAUUUUCAAAAAGACUAUACUUGCAGCUUGUAUUUUCCAAUACAGUAACCUUUGAAAAACAUUAUGUCUCAAGGCACUCUUGAAGACAGUCGCUCCCAGGCCGAAGAUCCAACCUCACAUGCACUGGGGACAACACCAGAGGACAUGUAGGCCUACCGUUCAUAAUAAAUUUUCAUACCUUUUUAAGAAA